GCCGCCGCCCGCCGCUGCCGCCGUCCGCGCCCUGCAAGCGGUGCUAGUCGGCGGUGGCUGCGGUGGACUGUGCAGGUGCCGGGAACGUGCUGCUCGCGCCCGUUCGCGCCGCUCGGAGUACCAAUGUGGAGCGGCUUUUACCAGCGGGGUGCCGGCGAGCAGGCCGCCUACCCCGCCGGCUUCCUGGGCUUUCCCAGCUACAACCAGGCGGCGGCGGCAGCGGCGGCACGCAGCGGCCAGGAGUCGCCGUUCGACCCGUCGGCCGUCAGCAAACUGUACCCGGGCUCCGGAGAUGUGUCACCGGCCGGGUAUAAGGGCGUUGACUGCGCCAAGGAGUCGCCCGGCUAUGGGCCGAAGGAGCUGGCGGCGGCCGGCUGGCCGGGUGGCGCGGCCGGCGGCGGCGGCGUCGGCGCCUCCGUCGGCGGAGUGGGCAGGUUUGCCAUGGACGCCAGCAGCCAGGAGCGCCAGCGGCUGGGCCAGCAGGCGGCCUCCAGCUGGCUGGCGGCGUGCAGCCAGGGCACGGCCCAGCACGGCGCCCAGCUGGGUCAGCAGGCCGCCCAGUACCCGGCCAGCACCCCCAUCUACCCGUGGAUGGCCAUGGCAGCUUCCGACCGGUCGAACGUACCUGCGUGGCUUCAAAGUCACGGGCCCCAUGGCCUGCGGCGGCGGGGUCGGCAGACCUACACCCGCUACCAGACGCUGGAGCUGGAGAAGGAGUUCCACACCAACCACUACCUGACGCGGCGGCGGCGGAUAGAGAUGGCCCACCAGCUCUGCCUCACCGAGCGGCAGAUCAAGAUCUGGUUCCAGAACCGGCGCAUGAAGUUAAAAAAGGAGAUCCAGGCCAUCAAGGAGCUAAACGAGCAGGAGAAACAAUCGCAGGCGAGCAAGAUGGCCUCAAAUGGAGAGAAAUCGAGCGACAGUGAGCAGCAGGGGAGCGACCAUCAGCACCAGACGCAGCAGCAGCAACAACAGCAGCAGCAGCAGCAGCAGCAGCAGCAGCAGCAGCAGCAGCAGCAAGCACAGCCCCAGCAGCACACCCAGCCGCAGCAGCCCCAGUCUCAGCAGCUGCAGCAGAGCCACCCGAGCCACCAGCCGCAGCCGCAGCAGCCGCAGCAGCUGGUGGGCGACGCGCUGCUGGCAGCGGCUCCCGGCGCUGGAGGCGGAGGAGGGGUGUCGCUCCCCGGGCAGCUGCUCUCGGACGCUGAGCCGUCCGAAUAACCCGGUCCCGCCCCCCGUCAGCCGUCCAGCCAGCCAUAGACGCAGUGAGUCGCCUCCCGGUUACAGGAAACUGAAGUGACAGUGCUUGGGGAGUGACCGAAAUCCCUUCACGACGCCCUCUCGCAUGGCGUCUGCUUUAACACCGGUGGAUGUCCGGACUUAGAAACGUAUUCAUCAGCCCAUCGAGACAGUGAGAUCGCUUCAUAACUAACGCUGAACGCAGGAUGGACCGUGUCGAAAGCAGACCAUGUGCCGGGGGACGUAAAUAAGUAGUGACAUUGGGCUUGCUGAGCUGGUGUAUCCAAAAGUGAAUGUGGUGAGACGAAAAACAUUAAAUACGUACGUGAAUGUUUUUGUUGGUGCAUAUUAACACGAAGAUGACACACAUCAAUUGGCGAAAGUAUAGCAAGACCAAGUAGCUAUCAACAGUUGCAGAAAACCAGCACACUGCAAUAGAAGUGGCAGCAAUGGCGAAAAGACAUAAGCUAGACUCUUCCGGGAAGUUAGAAGUUUGCACUGCAGUGAAAAUAAAUCACCGGUCUUUCAGCAAGAGGCGAAGUGACCGUUUCCACCAGGCUGUUAGGUCGGUGAUGGACGGGUUACCGUCAUCAAACUGCGCAAGAUGAGAAGAGCACUACGAGGCUUCAAAUCCUUCGCCCUUACAGUUUUAAUCACCAAAUGAAAAAAAUGGUAUCACUCCCAAAUAGAAUACAUAAUAUCAGGGCCGGUCUAAACCGAGGCAAGGAAAUCCAACUCGGCAAGAGGUUUUCAUUUACUUCUUGAAAGUUGCGAACGGACAAAAGCUGCGACGAGCAACUUCUGUUGUUUAAGUUAUUAUCUUUUUUGAACAGAGACACAAUCAAGGGAUAAGUACGAUUCGAUACCUAUUUGAAAUGUUCUUAAGCUGAAAAUGAUUAAUUGAGCACUGAGUUAUGUCUUACGUUUAGAGUAAUCCGCGGAAAUGAAACCCUCCGAUCUAAUGCAGCAAGUGGACUACCGUCCUGCGGCUGCGUCCAUGAAAAAUAUGACUGAGCAUUGGGUCCGACUAUAAGACACAUCUCUAGAAACAGGUUGUGCUCAAGUGCGGAAUGAUAUGCAUAUGUAUUACGAGACCACCUAAGCAGUAGAUGUGAUCUAGCCUUAGCUUACCUACUUUUUCCCAAUCGGCAGUCGCCACUCGUCGGCUCCUGCUAACACAGUGCGUAAACACUAAACACACAUUACGUAAUUGCGCAGAUACGUACACGUAAUUACGCGGACAGCGAUAAAGUGCGGGUGAGUGUCCUUUAGUGUUUGUGCACGUUACAUGUGACACGCAAUACUGUAUGUGAUUCGAAACGUAAUACGUAACUAACUGUGUGCGUUCGGCGGUAUACCGACCUGUCAAUACGUAACGCGGUUUCGUAGAUAGCUGUGCCUCGUGGCUCCAUAGCUGGUUCUGUGAGAGGACCACAAAUGGCUGCCCCGCUAGCGACGUCUGUGCGGCAGUGUGUGAGGUUGCAGUUGUUGCGCUGCAGAAUGAAUGCGUCACUUCACGUUUUGUUUUGAAGCAGUGCGCAUAGAGACACAAGCUGACUCCCUGUUUAGGUACCGUUGUCGUAAUAAGGAUGGCCUAAAAUGUAGCUGGAAGUAGCAUCGGUCAUUGUAUCUACAUAGAUCCAUUGCUCAGUUAUAAAAAGUGAUGCUCCGAAUACCUACUCGUCUUCAUUGCAAAAAACUGCUUUCAGCUUUUUGGCUCACAAUUCACAUAAUGGCGCUUCCGUAAAUCACACACUGCUCCUCUCUCGCCACAGUAUUAUAUGGUUGACUCGCAAGUGUUGCUGGAUUUGUUCAUUACCCAUGCGUUCCGUUCCAGCGAUCGCGUGUGUCACUGGUCUGCAGAGCACGGAUGGCAAUAUAAUGCAGCUAAGCUAACCUUUGUCCUUAUCCGGGUAUUGGGGCCCAGUGCCUCUCAAAUGUGAGCCGAGCGAACCGAACGAUCUCGCGGGGGUGGUGCGGGAUCAGGAUUGGCCGCAGUGACCAGGAGUACCGCGCUCAGUGCGUCGGGUCAGGCGAUGCGGGCAUACUGUGUGAAGUAGUCAACAUCCUGGCUGAAUACCAGACGGAAGUGGGCGAUAUGUUUCUGCGAAGUGCGGGCACUUCGAAGUCCAUAUUGUCAUAUUGCAUAUUGCAUAUUGUCGUGUCGCUGUAAUCUGUGAAGCGAGCGCUCCUGCGCGUGGCCCGGAGGCAAUGGAGAUGGCAUGUUUUUACGAACUGCGAGUACAAGUGGCAGUGUCCGUCAGAAAUUAAACCGAGUGUCGUGGAGCAGGCCGGUGUAGUAUGCGGUGAUCAUAGCACCAAACAAUGUAACGAUUCUGAAUCUGAUGUCUCGUCUGUGACGUCAUAAGCCCGUCGUCUGACGUCAUAGUAGUGACGUCACAGAUUCUUUGACCGUCCGCAGGUGCGACGACCGUUCGUUUAUAUGUGCCGAGUUAGGUUUUGUACGAUGCUGCAAUCUCGUCUGUGGAAAGGGCCUGCACAAGGUCCAUGUUUGUUAGACCGUUAUUGUUUCUUGCACGUGUUCAGAUAAGUGUGAAGGCAUGUCACAGCAACUGCAUCGUUUUCUUUGCCUGAUUUUGUGUAAAUAGUGUUACUUCAAUGAUAAAAGAAAGCCUCGA